GCUCUGGCGUACGUAUCGCGUCACGAUGGAUUGUGCUUGUGUGUGAUAUUGAUUGUGUUGUGCCCGGAAUUUGUCGAAGCAUGAUGCCUCUCGCACCGACCCCUGUGGUGGCGGUGCCAUCGAAGCCCAAGAUCGGCUUCAGUAUAGACAGUAUAGUGGGUGCGGAGCGGCCGAAGCAUCCUUCGCCUCCGUUGGCGAGUCCCGGGUCGCCGUCGCCGGUCGCUUCGCCCCGGAGUCCCUCUCCCCGGCCGCUGAUAAGGCCAAGCGCGCUGCCGGCUGUGUUCCCUGGGCCGGAGAUCAAGAGGCUGCCGUACCUGGACGCGCAGAGCCACCACCACCAGUUCCUGGCGCAUUUCCAGGGGGCGGCGCUGGCUGCGGCGCUCGCUCACCAGCAGCAGGGCUUCGGGGCGCCGCUGCCACCGCACCCGCCCCCGCACCCCGCGGCGCCCGUGCCCCGGGAGUCUUACCAGCUCUACCCUUGGCUCAUCAACAGGCACGGACGAAUAUUCCCUCACAGAUUUCCCGGUGGUCCGGACAUCCCCGGCUUCCUGCUGCAGCCGUUCCGCAAACCCAAGCGGAUCCGGACAGCUUUCUCGCCAUCACAGCUGCUCAAGCUGGAGCACGCAUUCGAGAAGAACCACUACGUAGUCGGCGCGGAGAGGAAACAGCUCGCGCAGGCGUUGAGCUUGACGGAGACGCAGGUCAAAGUGUGGUUCCAAAACCGAAGAACGAAACAUAAAAGAAUGCAGCAGGAGGAAGAAGCUAAGACCGGCACGAAGUCCGGCUCGUCGAGCUCCAAGCCGGAAGACGGCAGCCACUUCAACAACUCCUACGACGAGGACGAAGAACUAAUAGACAUGGAUAUGGACGAACUAAGUGAAAGUGAAAAUGAGACGUAAAAGACGGUCUCCCGUGACAGGACACUCGUGUAAAUAUCGAUGUAAUUUAGUUUAAUAGAAAGGUUAAUAAUUUAUUUUGAUUAUUGUAUAAAGUUUCGAAUCAGCCAUAUUCUUUAUCGGAGUUAAGUGACGCCAUUGAAACGUCAAAUUCACCAAUUGUUUACUACAGUUGGUGAAAAUGAGCGUUAAUGGUUAGGUUCACCAAAUUGACGCGAAUAGAAUGUUAAUCCAAUUAUU